AAGCAUUGUGAGUUUGAACGCGUUUGCCGUCACCAUGGCGGGCGACACGCCUCUGCAGGCCGUUUUCCGCGUAAGCCCAAGGGAAGUAGAUACUAUUGAGUAGUUGUCAACACUUGCUUACUAUCAGCGACUUGUCGGUGUAGGCGUAGGCGAUAGCUGGCGACGCGAGGAGUUUUGGAGGCCAGGGUUAAAGGAGCCAACGCCGUGGUAUCACGAGGUAGCCGGGCCAGUGCCUUGUACAAGCCGGGCGCCCGCAUGUUGACAGCAACUAGGCGUUAAGAAUGGAAGACGAGGUUGAAGGAGCGGUGGGGGCGCCUGCGGGCGGGGGAGGCGGGCGCGGGCCAGACCCGCACCUGCUGCCUCCGCCCGCACCCCUUCAACUUCCCAUCUCAAUCGAGCUGCUGCCGCCGCCGCCGCCCCUCCAGCUACCCCCCAACAUGGAUCCAGUGCAUAGCCCUGAUGCAGCAGCGCCGGGGGUGGGGUCGGCAGCGGAGGCCCUGUCACCGUGGCUGUUGCUGACGCAGCACCAAUCGCAACACCCGCCACGGCGGCCCGGCUCGAGCGGUGGGGGUGCGCUGCGCCCCCCAGACAUGGGGCUGCCCGGCGCGGGGAGCAGCGGCGGCGUGCUCGGCGGUGGCGGCGGCAGCAACAGCACCGGAACAGCUCUGCCCGACUCGCUGCUGCUGUCGCCCGAGACGUCGUCCCUGCGGUCACGCCUGUUGGGCCACCUGUCUUCCGACUCACCGCAGUUAGGGCUGUCGGCUCAGGCCAGCCUGCAACAGGCGCUGCUACAGCUCGGCAGCGUGGGCGGAGCGUCGGCCUGGAGCGAGGCACACGGCAGCGGCGCUGGCGUUGGCAGUAGCCACAGCAACAGCCAGCUGGUGCCGAUGGGGGCGGCGGGGGAGUUGCUGAGCAUCAGCCGAAGCAGCUUGGGCGGGCCGGGAAGCGUCAGUCAGAACGUGUUCUCACAAGGCCUCCGGAGCCCUGAUCACCCGAGUUCGGCCGCACUGACUGCGCCCUGGCUCGCCGACUUGCAGUCGCCACGGCCAGCGCAACAUCAGCAACAACGCCAGCAGGAACAGGAGCAGGCUGGCGGCAGCAGCGCAGGCGCCAGCAGUUUGGAUGCGCCGCAGCAAGCGUUAACGGGCAGUCUAGGCAUCGGCCCCACUGCAAGUCCAGGGACCGGAGGCGGCGGACCGCAGGGUGGGGGCGGCGCGGCGGCCGGCAGCGUGCCCGGGGGCAGGGCGCACGGCAGUGGCCCCACGUACCCUUCGCUGGCGGAGGCGCUGGCACUGGCUCAAGCCACGCUAAGGGCUGAGCGCGGCAGCCACGGAGGAGGCAACGGCAGUUCAGGUGGCGGGAGCGCAGGCGGCAGGGGCCAGCAGCAGCCUUCACGCAGGCGGAGCGGCAACUCCGAUGCCGCGGCGGCGCUGACCGCCCUGCCCGCGCCGCACAACUCACGCGGCGGCGACGGUGGCAGUGGCGGCGGCGGCGGCGGCGGGGACACGCACUCGCACCCGCAGGCACACAACUCGGCUUUCCGCCCCUACACAGUCGUGGUGACUAGCGGGCAGCUGCGCGCGUCGGAUGCCGUGCUUCGGGCUGCGGACGUUGCGGGUGCCGCUGCAGGCGGCGGCGGUGGCGGCGGCGGCACGCUCAGCGGAGGCGCUGGUUCACACGUCGCCCACACGCACUCUCCAGCACGGACGCCGGAGCGGCUGCCGAGGUCGGGCGACAGCGGUCGGGGCGCGCAGGCAGCGGAUCGCAUGGCUGGCCUGACGGCGGCGGCCGCGGCGGUGCUUGGCAGCGCCUCCAGCGGCCCGGGCCCCGUGACGACUGGACUCACGCACAGCGGGCGGUCAACGCCGCCGGGGCACGCCACGCCGCCCGGCCAAGUGACCCCGCCAGGGCAGACCACGCCGGAGCGCCUGCGGGGCGCCGCUGGUGCUGCGGGCGCCGCGGGGGGCGGCGGUGGGGAGGCUUGGUCAGCGGCUGGUGCGGCGGCGCUCACUCUACAGCACUUGGCAGCUAGUGACUCGGGUGCGCUGCAUCCGCGGCCCCGGCAGGCUUUGGAGCCGGGACAGCAGCAGCAGCAGCAGCAGCAGCAGCAGGUGGCGCCCCAGUUGUCGACACCGUUUGCCGGGAGGGCGCAGGCUGAAUUACUGCAGACGCUCGGGCAGCAGCAGCAGCACGCAGCGAAGCAUCGUGCACCGGAGCGCGGGCAGUCAACGCCAGAGCGGGGGCCAGCGUCUCAGGAUGCGGACACUGCUGGCAAGUUCGCUGCUGCAGAGGCCGCAGGACCGUCCAGCACACCCACGUACGCAGCCGCAGCACGAGUGACACACGCGAUGCCUGCACCCCAGCCGACACCAGCGUACGCCCCUGGACCUUCUCGACCGGCGAUGGCUCAUCCCGGCGCAGCUUCGGCCCAGCUCCGGCACACGCCUCAAUGGCCCACUGGCGACGCCGCCAUGCGUGCUUUCCAUGAUGUGCCGCGUGGUGCGGGGGCGGAUGGCGCCGUCAAGGCUGACGCCGUGGCCGGCUCCACGGCAGCUGGAGGCGCAGGCAGCAGCGGGCUUGUAGGCGCAGCAGUCCCGCUGACAACGCACGAGCAUGGGCCCGGUCCCCGCCCGCCCCUCUUACGAGCACAGGCGUCCAAAUCGCUGUUCUCGCAGCAGCAGCAGCAGCAGCAGCAGCAGCAGCAGGCACAAGGGGCUGCACCGGCGACCGGCACUUUGCCCGAUCUGGACACGGGGCCAAUGCACGAGUCAGCGGGUGAAGACGCAGAGGAGGGGCCGGAUGCAUAUCCCGACGUGCAUGCGCCGCCCGGUCAGGCGCGGCGCCCUCCGCAGCUGCGGCCGCCGCCCGCGGACCCUCAGCAGCAGCAGCAGCAGCAGCAGCUGCCAGAGCCCAUCUUCGUCACGGUGGCGGCGUCGGCCUCCAAGCGGCCGCGCAACGACCGGCCCGGGACCUCCGGCGCCGAAGGCGCCGCCGCAGGCGGCGGAGCCGCAGCCGCUGCGGCGGAGCCGCACACGGCCGCGGGUGGCGGCGGCGGCGGCACAGACUCCUCGCCGUUACGUCGUACGGUGGUGUUGGGCAGCUUCACGUUGCAGCUGCGGUCGGACCUGGUUUGCGAGGUGCUGGGGCUGUUCCACCCGCGGCGCUACGUGGAGGGCAGGGACUGUGUGGAGUACCCGCCGCACUCGGGCACCUUCGUGUCGCGCAGCCACUUUGAAAAGGUGGGCGGCGCGGUGACGGCCAAGUGGUACCGCUCCAUCCGGGUCCUGCCGCAGAUGGAGCACCUCGGGGAUUGGCUGGAGGCGCACGGGCUGCAGGUCUUCAAGGGCACGGGCCGCAAGCGCGGCGGCCGCUAUGGCGGCGGCGGUAGCGGUGAUGUGCUAGCCAUGCUGGCUUUAGGAGCCGCCGCAGCGGGCGGCGCCGGCAGCACUGGCACCGGCACGGAAGCUACAGCCGAGUCCGAGGGCCCCGACAUGGGGGCGGCAGUAGCAGCCACAGGCGCAGGCAUGGGGUUGGGCGCCCUUGCAGCCAUGCCGUACUCCAGCCGAGGAGCAGCGGCAGCGGCCUUGGCUCGGGCCAAGCCUGUUGACGGGGACACAGCCGCCGCCGUCGCCGCCCUGGCCGCGCUGUCCGCCGCCGCCGCGGAAGGGGCGGCGGCCCCGCCGGCCUCCUCCGCUGCGGCAGAGGCAGCGGCGGCAUCCAGGUGGGCCGUUGCGCCGCUGGCGGACAGGCAGUGGCACGCUCAGCACGCGACCCCGCUGUCGAUGCUCCACCCCAGCGCCCAUGCGGCUGCCUUUGCACAUGCAGCUGGCCCGGCAGCAGCAGCAGGGGCUGCUUCUCUGCCUGCAGCGCGAGGUGUGGCUGCAGCCUCCGGUCCCGCCGGCUCGCGGCCGCCCACGCCCGCGUCCCCUCACGCCCGGCAGGACCCGCCCGUGCUGUUGCAUGCCCCGGAGCCGCUGCCUCUGCCAGAACCCGAGGCCGGGUUGGGGCACGAGUAUGCUGACGAGCAACCCGAGCAGCCGCGGCAGCCAUACGCGGCGGUGCCGCACCCCUCCUACGCAGCUGUGCCCUUCCCAUACCCGCACCCGCACCCACACCCCUCCUACCCGUACGGUGCCUACCCGUACCCGUACCCCCACGCGGGCGCCCGUAGGCACAGUGUGUGGCCUCCCGCGCUGCCCCCGCCGCCGCAAGGCCACGCACUGGGAUGGCCGCCGCACCUGCCGCCGCCCUACGCCGCACGAGCCCCAGGCCUGUACGCGCCCUAUCCCCUGCAUGGGCACCCGCAGCAUCCGCACCCGUACCCUCAGCGUCUGGCGCGCCCGGGGGUGCACCUGCGGCCACGCCUAUCAAUGCUGGCCGCUGGGUACCCCGGUGCAAGCAGCGACGGCUCGGAGGGGCCCGAAGGCGGCAGCGGCGACGAAGCAGCGACGGCGGCGCUGGCAGCAGCGGCUGCGCACGGCAGCGACGAUGCGGCUGCAGCGGCAGAGGCGACGUCAUCGCACGCGCAGCACUGGGCCACAGCGGCACGCGGCGCGCUGCAAGGCACCAGGAGCCGCAGCUUCGGCGCCUCCUCGACCGCCGCCGCCGCCGCUGCGGCCGUGGCGGCGGAGCACUGGCGGUCGGCUGGGGGUGGUACUCAGCACUGGGGCAGUAGCAGCGGCGGUGCAGGUGGCGGCUACAGCCACGGACAGGCCGGGCUGCUGCUGCCCGCCGCGUCCUGGCCGGGUCCGUCGCCUCUGGGAGGAGGUCAGCGGGGGCAGCACGGCGCACCGCCUCGCGUGAGUGCCCCCGCGGCCACGGGUUCCGGGAGCGAGCGUGGGUACGAGCUGGAGGCGCGGCAGGCCGCCGUGGCGGCCACGGCGGCUGCGGCGGCUGCGGACUGGCUCGAUACCGAGCACAUGCCAGAGCUGCAGCAGCAGCAGCAGCAGCAGCAGCAGCAGCAGCAGCAGCCCCUGCUGGCGCUUCCCGCACCGCCCAUGACGGCGGCCGCAGGGCCCUCGCCGCCCCACGGGCUGCUACGGGGCGCGCUGGAGGCGGCUGCGGCGGCCGCCGCCAGCUCUGCCGCGCACGGCGGCGGCCGGCAGGGAGCCAAGGGCAGUGCGACGAGGGGUACGGCAGAGGGUGCCGGCGGCGCUCCUGCUGCCUCACCAGCGCAGCCCCGCGUAAGCGAAAGCUGUGCCACCAGUGGCGGCAGCGAUGUCAGCUAUGCCUCGGCUGGAGCCGCCGCUGCCGCUGGCGCGGCGGCAGGCGCGGCAGCAGGCGCAGCGGCAGGCGCGGCAGCCGCAGCCGCUGCAGCGGCAGCGGCGCAUGCGGGAGGGCAACAGGCAUCCGGCUGGGCGGGCGGAGCCGCGCUCCCACCGCUGCCGCACGCGCACCCGCACGCGCACCUCCACCCAAAUCUCCCCCCGGGUCUGCCCGGCAUGCACCCGUCGUCGUACGGUGCAGGAACACGCCCGUACGGCUAUGCCCUGCCGCCGCCGCACCCGCACCCGCAAGCGCACCCGUACCCGCACGUGCACGCGCACAUGUACCCGCGUGCACCGUGGGCCGGCAGCUGGGCGCAGCGCCCGCCACCGUACGGUACGGCACCCCCAUACGGCUACGCGCCGCCGCCGCCGCCGUCGUACGGGGCGUGGCCGCCGCCGACAGCUGUACUGCCGCCGUAUGUGGCUGCUGCUCGGCCUCCCGGCCCCGCCGGGGUGCUGCCGCCGCCACCGCAUCUCCGAGGUCCCGCUGUAGCGGCUGCGGCUGCGGCUGCGGCUGCGGCGGCUGCUGGCGGCGCGGCUCAUCACGAGGAGCUGCCGACCCGGGCCAGCGGUGAGCGGCUGUCUGCAGGAGGCUCGCCUCAUCACUACCAGCCGCACCAGUACCACCAGCAGCACCAGCAGCAGCAGAGGCUGCGGCGCACGGGUAGUUCGGAGAGGGCACCUUCGUCAGGCCCACACCGCCAGCAGCACGAGCAACAAGGACAGGAGCUCCCGCAGCAAGGCCAGCAGGACCAACAGCAACAACAGCAGCGCAGGCGCACCGCGGCGGCUGUGGCUGCGGCGUUGGCGGCGGCGCUGGUGGCUGCUGUUGAUCCGGGCGCGGCGGGGGAGCCGCCCACCCACCGCAGCGGGGGCGGCCCUACCGGAGCAGCAGCAGCAGCCGAGGGAGGGCCUGGCAUUGCGGGGGGGCCCUCGACAAGCGCUGGGGCCAGGGCCCCGAUCCCCUCGUCAACCCCAGCACAUCAGAACCACCCGCACCACCAGCACGCCUCGCGCGCGUCGCAUGGCAUCGGGGUGUCGCAUCCCGGCCAGGCUGUGACGUCCCAAAGCCCAGCCGCCGCCACGCCGCCACGUCGCAGUCACGGGAUCUCGACUGAGGCGCUGAUGCCUGCAGCGGCGGCGAACCUCCUGCGCAGUGGCGGCGGCGGCGGCGGGCAGCUGGCGGGCGUGGGGGACGGCGGCGCGCUUCCGACUGCCUUUGGUGCGCAGCUGCAGUGGCCGCCGCCGGGCCUGGAGCCGGGAUCGCGUGGUGCUGCUGCAGGGGCGGCGGCGGGGCAACACACGGCUACGCCGUUUGCAUGGGCGGCAGCUGCGACGGCGCCGGGUGUGCAGGUGCGGCCGCUGGUGCCGCGUGCUGGCAGCAAGCGGCGUGCGGAGGGCGCGGAGGAUGGGGAGGAGGGGCAGCAAUAGGCAGGCACAGGGGAGCAAAGCAGUGCGUGUGGGGUGAAGUUGCAAGGGCGCUGGUCACGGAGCGCAUACAAUGUGGUACCAGUAGCUAGCUUUGACGUGAAGGUUUGGUGUUAAGGUACAAUUGUUGCGUCGGAACGAAUUGGUGCAGGACGUUCGAGUUGCAGUGGUAUCAAAGCAAGUGUGUGCGGCUGAGGUGUUGGCAGGCCCUAGUUGCAGGCGUGACACGGCGUGUGUGGGCGGGGGGUUUGGGGCUCUCAAUCGAUGGUUGUGGAUGGAUGGGUGUACGUGAUAUGGACGUUGAGCUUAUUUUCCAUUGACCGCUCGCUGCUGUGCCAAUCAAUACAUGAGCUGAUUUCCGUAAUUGUGUGUCGCGAGCAGCAGCAGGCAGGCGAAGACAUGCCGGGUCCGCAUACGGCCCACCAUUGCUGGCUUAACAUUUUUUGAGGGGUAGCUAUAGACGCGUCGCAUUCGUUGUUAUACGGCAGGACUGCUUAUGUCUCGUGUGUUUGCUAGGCGUUGAUGUAGGUCUCGAUACCACACACGUUCUACCCACACACCAUGCUCGAGGUGGCAUUUCCACGUGCUCGUUCUCGUACAGACUUUUCGCCUCACAGCUUUUUUUAUCAGCGUGCGCACCAGCGUCAUACUCCUGCUUCCAAUCGCUGUAUCUGUUCUGCUCGCGAGCCAUUCUGCCCGCGACCGUAGUAGCUGGGGCUGUCGUGUGUUUUACAACUCCCAGCUGUGUGGGAAGAAUAACCUUGGCAUCAAGCGCAGGCACGACGUUUUCGCGCUAGGCGCGGUCAAAAGGGAAAGGUUGCUUCUGCGACAUGCAACCUGUCCAGUGCGGUCCUGUCGGCCCUCAAUGCCAAGUCGUGGAUGCAUCUGUGUUAUGUUGCGUUUGUGUUGUUGCAAAUGUUUGUCAUUUACGUGGGGGGGGGCGACAGGUUACGCCAACCUCCUCCGGUACACGGCGCAGGAGCUGCAACUCCUUCGGGGGCCCACGCAUGACGGGCCAGGCGUCAUUCUUGAAGACUGCAUGGGGCGGUAUUGCAUGGCGCUUCAUACCUUUACGCGUGUCUACAUAAUUAGGGAAGAAAGCUCGCGGUCUAAUGAGCGUAUUGGCUGUGAAUUAAGCUGCGGCGUCUCGGCUGCUUGCGCUGGAUGGCUGGCAGCUUGGCUGGCAGGAGUUUUCAGGUGUGGCUAAGAUGUGGGUACAGAGCACAAGGGGCUGGUGAGGUUACGCAUACGUGAUACGUACACCAGUCAUGAGUCAUACAUCGUUAUGCAGUAAAUGGUCGCGGUUAUUGCGUGCACGGUACACAAGACCACGAGGUCACGAUUGCGUUGUAAGGUACAUGACUACAUGAGGCAGUGGUAGAUUGGUUAGAGGCUGUGACGUCAGACUGUAAUGAUUGGCCCGU